AAAAUUGCACAAAGAAGAAGGAAGGAUGGAAGAAGAAGGAAAAAGAGAGAAAGAAGAUGGGAGAAGGAGAAAAGAUGAACGAUGGAAGACAGAACAUAGAAAAAGGAAGAAGGAAAAAGUAAGAUAAAGAUGGAAGAAAGAAUAAUGAUGAAGCAAGAAGAAACAAGGAAGAAAAAAGACAGAAGGAAGAAGAGAGAAAGAAGGCGGAAGAAGGAAGAAGGAAAAAAAGAUGAGAGAUUAAAGAAAACAUAGAAGAAAGAAGAGGAAAAAGUAAGAUAAAGAUGGAAGAAGGCAUAAUUAUGAAGCAAGAAGAAAAAAUGAAGAAGGAAGACAGGAAGAAAGGAUAAAGAUAGAAGAAGGAAGAAAGAAGAAGGAACAAGAACGAAGAAAAAGGAAGAAGGUAAAAGAAAGAAGGAAAAAUGAAAAAAGGAAGGAAAAUAAUGGAAAAAGAAAACAGAAUGAGAGAAGAAAGAAAGAUGAAGAAACAAGGGACAAGGAAGAAAGAAGAAAAGAAAAAAAGAAGAAAGGACGAAAGAAAGAAAAGGAAAAAAAGGAAAGAAGGAAGAAAGAAGAAGGAAGAAGGUAGAAUAAAGAAAGAAUAGAGAAAAAUGAAUAAGGAACAAGGAAGAAGAAACUAGGAAAGGAAGAAGAAACUAUGAACGGAAGAAGGUAGAGGAAAGAAAACAAAGGGAGGAAAAACAAGGAAAUGAAAGAAGGAAGAAAGAAGAAAAAACAAGGGAAAGGAAGAAAUAAGAAAGCCUAAGGAAUGAAUGGAGAAAGAAGAACAAAAUAAAGAAAGAAGAAACCAGAUAAAAGGAGUAAGAAGAAGAAAAAAGGAACAAAGAAGGCAGAAGAAGAAAGAAGGAAAUAGGAACAAGGAAAAAGGAAUUAAGAAGGAAGAACUAUGGAGGAAGAACUAAGAAGAAAGGUAGAAAAAGAAUCAAGAAAGAAACAGGAAGAAGGAACUAGGAAGGGUUGAAGAAGAAAGAAGAAAAAAGGAAGAAAAUUGAAUAAAAAAGAAGGAAGAAGGAAAAAGGGAGAAGGAAGUAGGAAGAAAGAAAGGAAAAGAAGAAGGAAGAGGGAAGAAGAAUAAACCUCGGAAUAAACAAUAAAAAUAAGAAAGUAAUCUUGCCAAGAAUCAAAAACCAAACACAAGAAUCAAGAACAACAAAAUCUUGUUCCUUUCUAUGUUACCUCAACAUUUUUAGCUGUAUAUUGUGCCUUGCAGCGGAGUUUAGCAUGCGCUGGUUUCUAUUCUAAAUGUAGCUUAACUUGGCGAAAAAUGGCACGGAAGGGUUGCCAAGGUAUUUAAUAAUGUAUCAAUUGAGCUGAACCAUUCUAAAGUUUUUUAAAACAUAGUCUCUUAAAAUCCAUUUGUCCACAAAAGGUGUUAUAAACAUUGUCUCAACAUAAUUUGGUCCACACCACAGACUGUCGCUAUUUCAUGAUAUACAUUUCCUUACACCCUAGUCACUUUUGAAUAACUCGUUCUAUUUUAAGACAAAUCAAACGAUCAAGCAACCCUUCCCGUUUUCUUGAGUCAUCUGUCAAAACAAUAGAAAUAAUUGUUCGUCACCGCAGAACGCCAAUAGUGAAAAGCGAUAAUGGAUUACGGAUCGUUCGAAUUGAACCCAGCAUCACUAGCUUUAUGUGUCCAACCAGCUGGCCAAGAUUUAAACGAUGACACCGGCGAAAGAUUUGACGAGGAAACGUUUGAAGAAAGAUUGAUUGAAACCGAUGAAGAACUGGCCAUUAAUGAUUUAGACGACGCCGACUUCAACGACGACAUUAUUGAAGAGCUACUUACCGACGACGAAGCGUCUCCAUCAAAGAAUCCCAAAACACAGCUCUCUUGUUGUCUGGAGAUUCAUCAGCGACUGUUCAAGCAAAAAAAGAAAACAGAGGCAGUGGAGUCCUGUACCAUUGACGCGGAUGAUGUUGACCAUUUUUUCCGUAAAGUAUGGAGAAAGUGCGUCAAACAUGUUCGAAAGGAAAUAGCGUAUCAACCUGCGUGUAAUGGUGAAGAUGCGAUCGCAGAGUGGGUGACAAACCAGCCAACGUUUUCGGAUAAAAACAGGUUCAUUGUUUUCCACGAUAAAGAUCAGAAGAAAUCGUUCACUUGUGAUCAGAUUACUGAAAAGCUGCUCAGCAAGUGGCGAGGAAGAACGAUCCACGUAUUGGUGCACCCAUACUCUCUGAGCAUUGUGAGCCAGAAGGAUUACGAUUUCGUCUGCAAUCGUUUGCUAAAUACAGGGGCAAAGGAUAGAGCAGGAGCAGAUACAAAUCUUAGCUUGAUGACAUUGGUUGCGAAGCUUAAGAGGAUGAAUAACCACCGAUAUGAAGCGACAGAGAGUGCGUAUGUUCAAUGGGCAAAUUAUAUUCAGCAUGCACCAGCUCAUACGCGUGAGGAACUUUUGGAUGGUGAACCACCAAAGCAGUAUGCAAAUCUUUUCACCGAGAUCAACGGUCCCACUGCUGCCAAAUGUUUAAAUGCAGUGAAAAGUGACGCGGGAAUCGCCGAAAACAUUUUGGAUCGCUUCGAUACUGAUUUUGUCGCUUUAAAACAACAGUUCGACAAAAUCGUUAACGCAGUGGAUGAUUUCCGGAAGCUUCUAACAGAAAUGGAUCAACGACGAGAUGAAAGAAAGGCGAUGCUGACAAUGAUGAAGAACGCAGUAGCAGUACAGGAAACUGACUUCUCAAGAUCUGUCGCCGAGCUGGUAACUGAUGUGCCAGAUGUGGAUCACAUUUGAAUAUAAAAAACGAGUUUUGUGUUGAUUCGAAACUAAUAUAUUAUAAUAAACAAAAUUUGUACAUAAGCACAUCAAUUCUCAUCAUUUAUUGCAUUUGUAGGAUUAAAAAGGCCACCAGGAAAAUAUCCGCACUUUUGAAAAAGUUUUUUCGAUGGGUAUUUUGUAAACCUUUUAAUGGCGAGUUCAAUAGCUAAUGGAACAUCAUGUGGGUUGUUCAUUUGUUGUUUAAUGAAGCGUUUAAUCAAACCGAAUAUGAUUUCAAUUGGGUUUAGCAUCGGGCAGUAAGGGGGAAGAAAAAUAAUCAUAAUUCCCAGUGAUCGGAAAUAACGGACUAUGUUUGGGUCAAGAUGAAUCUUGGCGCCAUCCAUUAUCCACACAGAGUUUUUUCCGGGGUACGUAUAAACUUUUCCGCUCAAUGCAAAUCGACGACAUGCUUCAAAAAAACAGCUUCCGAGUGAAUGUUCCUUCAACACUACAAGAUUCCAA